UUUGUCUGUCUCCUUCUCUUCAUUUUAACCAUCUUCAGGAAAAAAAAAAUAUUAAGGAUGGUAGAUUUUGCACGAGUACAGAAGGAGCUGCAAGAAUGCAACCGGGAUUUUGAGGUUUCGGGCAUAAAAGUUAUCCCGAAGAGUGAUGCUAAUUUGGCCCACUUGCUUGGUACAAUUCCUGGUCCGCUCGGUACUCCAUACGAAGGUGGCUCUUUCAAGAUCGACAUCACUUUGCCUGAUGGAUACCCUUUUGAGCCUCCCAAGAUGCAUUUUGCCACUAAAGUAUGGCAUCCUAACAUAAGCAGUCAAAGUGGAGCAAUAUGCUUGGAUAUCCUGAAAGACCAGUGGAGCCCAGCACUCACUUUGAAGACAGCACUCCUUUCAGUACAAGCAUUACUCUCUGCUCCAGAACCUGAUGACCCCCAAGAUGCUGUUGUAGCACAACAGUAUCUUAGAGAUUACCCAACAUUCAUGGGCACUGCUCGUUAUUGGACCGAAGCAUUUGCCAUGACCUCAUCUCUUGGUGUUGAGGAGAAGGUACAAAAGCUCGUGGAGAUGGGCUUCCCCGAAGCUUUGGUUAAGAGUACUCUGGUGAGUGUUAAUGGCGAUGAAAACAUGGCUCUUGAAAAGCUUUGCUCUGGCUAGCAUGAAACUAUUGUUGCUCCGAAUGGUAAAUGGUAUACAAAACUACAAAAGCAGAUUAUAAACAAUACAUUCUUCAAUCAGUACUCUGGUGUUUUUCUUGAUAUUCUUCUUUCGUUUGUUGUGUACUCUUCUCACGCUGGGGAAUACCAGUGCUGCUAACUCUAAUGAAAAUCAACAAAAUUUCUUCUGAGGUGAAAUUUGAAAUCUCCCAGGCAUGCCUCACUUUGAAAGAUCAAUUAUAUAUGUUAUGAUUUAUUUGUAUAAUGUUGUUAGGAUGCUCUUGAGGUAUAGCCCCAUCCCGCCCCUCACCCUGGCUCCAGUGUUACUAGGUUUGGUGUGAACUAUGAAGGGGAAAGGCCAUGAAGGUUAUCUGAUUUUGACUGUUGGACACUGAAAUUGGUGUGGUUUUUAGUGGAGAGAGCUUAUUUCAUUAUUCAGUCAUCUUGAAAAUUGUUUUAUUGAAUG